AGCGACUCCAUCCAUGGAAACCAAACCUAGUGAUCUACUCGACUAGAUACUACCUACGUACGUACGUACGUUCAUUGCUGUGCAGAGCUCAUGCUGCUGAUGUUGCUGCCUACUUUUGCUUCCUUCCCGUCAAUUGUAUACGUCGUGUCUACACAUAGGUACUGCCAUCUCUGUUCCCCAGCAACUCCUCUUGUACACCGUCACCUUCAUCUCAAGCAGUCAGUCAGUCUUCUCUCUUCAUCUCAGCCACCACCGACUCAUCUUCAUCCUGGACGCCUCAACGACUCUAGUCUCUCCACCAGGUUCCAGCCCCAGAGACCAUUGGCUCCACUCCCGAUGGUCCAUUCGCGCGCUUUUCUCCCCCACCCUGAAAAGGAAAAAAAAAAAAAAAAAAAAAAAAAGGAACCUGGAACCUUUUCAUGGCUGCUCCGUCUUUUGGCUGCCGCCAUCCACAGCCUGCGUUUGAGAUGCUCCGCUCCGUCAUGAAUGCUUUAAAUUCCAUCUUUCAUUAUUAUUCUCGCGUCUUACUGCUCGCUGCUGCUCGCUUCAUCCAUAAUCCAAAUGCUUCCUUUAUGCUCGGUCAUCUUCGAAUGAGAACGCCCCCCCCGGUC